UCCCCCCGACCCCCGGGUAUGGGACCGUCCGCAAGUCAUCCUACGGUCGGUAUCGCUUGCAGUCCACACUGCGGAUGAUAAGCGCGAGACCGGUGCCCUUUCUCCGUUGUUCACAUUCUUUCCUAGCAUCUUCGAUAGUGGAGACGGAGAGGAGAGGGGAAAGCUGAACAAUGGUCGCCUCUUCGGCUCCUAGGCUAAUCCUGGGCUCGUCGUCGGCGUCGCGCCGCCAGAUUCUGUCCGAGAUGGGAUACCACUUCACACUUCUUAGUGCGGACAUCGAUGAGAAGGCGAUAAGGAAGGAGACGCCGGAGGAACUGGUGGUCGCCUUGGCUCAUGCAAAAGCGGAUGCUAUACUGGAGAAGAUGCGGAGCAAUGGGAUGAUGACAGAGAUUGUUGAUUCUCAAGAGACUACUCUGAUGAUCACUGCUGACCAAGUUGUGGUUCAUGAUGGAGUUAUUAGAGAAAAACCUAGCACUCCGGAGGAGGCACGGAAGUUCAUCAAAGGUUAUUCUGAAAGUCAUGCUGCAACGAUUGGAUCUGUGCUUGUUACAAAUGUGAAGACUGGAGUUAGAAGGGAAGGAUGGGAUAAAGCCGAAGUUUAUUUCCACAAGAUACCCGAUGAAGUUAUUGAGAGUUUGAUUGAUGAGGGCAAUGUCUUCUAUGUCGCUGGUGGCCUCCUUGUAGAGCAUCCCCUGACUUCACCUCUUGUGGAAGCCAUUGUUGGUACAAUUGAUAGUGUAAUGGGGCUGCCAAAAGCGCUCGCAGCGAAGCUCAUCAAGGAGUCCCUUUCAGAGCCGUAGCUACAAAUUUCCAGAUUAAACUGACCGACGAUAGGGAAAUCAUAUUGGUUGCAGUGAUGGCUAAAUCUGUUUGGCAGCAACGUGGUUGGAGAAUCAUAUGUGAUCCUACUGUCGGACAAAAAGGAUUUUCAUGUGAGCAACUCAUCAUGAAUAGACUCUAUUCUUAGCUGCCAUGACCGUAGGUCUGAUCAAAAGAACCGUACAAUCUGUGCUUCUGUUAUGUGUUGCGCCACCGCGCAUUUCUGAUGGCUACCAUAUUGUUCUGGUCGAUGAAAUGGUGUGCAUGGCUAAGCUCUGUGCGCUUCGUUUGUCUA